UUUGACAUAUCCGACAUUCAACAUUCGACCGUCUUUUGAUGAAGUACGUUUUAUAUUGACACGGCAUUUUUUUCGUUUUCAAUUAUUUCAUUGGACAAACACUGCAGUUUAUUCGCUCGUCGGUUUAUCGUUACUAUAAAGACGGGUGCGUUGAAAAGUCGUUUUCUUAAAGGUUUUUGGAACAAGAUAUUCACUGAAAAUGUCUAUGUCAAAAACAACAAACACGUACAAUCGUCAGAACUGGGAAGAUUCGGAUUUUCCAAUCUUAUGCCAAACAUGUUUGGGCGACAAUCCCUACGUCCGUAUGAUCAAGGAGCGUCACGGUAAGGAAUGCAAAAUCUGUACGCGUCCCUUCACAAUCUUCCGAUGGUGUCCGGGUGCGCGAAUGCGUUUCAAGAAAACCGAAAUUUGCCAAACAUGCUGCCGACUCAAGAAUGUUUGCCAAACAUGUCUGCUCGAUUUGGAAUACGGUCUUCCUGUUCAAGUUCGAGAUGCGGCGCUGAAAAUUGCUGACACGUUGCCGCAGAGUGAUGUGAACAAAGAAUUUUACAUCCAAAAGAUUGAAGCCGAAUUGAAAAGUGGUGACGGAACUGAAGCUGCCGGUAUUGUGGGUAAGUCUUUGGCUGCAAGUGAAAUGCUGACGAAAUUGGCACGAACGGCACCAUAUUACAAGCGGAAUCGGCCGCACAUUUGCUCGUUUUGGGUGAAGGGUGAAUGUAAGCGUGGAGAAGAGUGCCCGUAUCGACACGACAAACCCAAUGAGCCGGAUGAUCCGUUGUGCGAGCAAAACAUUAAAGAUCGUUACUAUGGUCGUAACGAUCCAGUCGCUGAUAAGAUUCUGAAACGAGCCGCAACAUUACCCACAUUAGAGGUUCCAGAGGACAAGAAUAUAACAACGUUAUAUGUGGGGAACAUUGGUGAGCAUGUCACCGAAACCGAUAUAAAAGACAAUUUCUAUCAAUUUGGUGAAAUUCGUACCAUAACUUUGGUACCACGACAGCAGUGUGGCUUCGUUCAAUACACGAAGAGAGCCGCUGCCGAACUAGCUGCCGAGAAAACAUUCAACAAAUUGGUUUUGGGCGGAAGACGACUAACAAUCAAAUGGGCUCAUUCACAAGCGAAACAGAAUGCCGUUGCUAAAACAAAUCGAAACUUUGAAGCUGUACCUGGCCUACCAUCACAUCUACCGAUGCCACCAAAUCCAAAUGAUUAUUUCAAUUUGUCGGCAUCCGAUGUCAAUGUACUACCUCCCGGAAUGAAAUUACAUCAGAUUCCACCAUCUCUUAUGUCCAGUUCAGCGUACCAGGCAGUCUAUCAAUCUGGAGGAUUAGCUCAGUACAGCGCACCGUUCACAUCGAUACCAGCGACGAGUACGUCAGCAUCCGAUUCGCAACAAAUGCCACCGCCACCAGGAACUGCCGGUCUUCAUUAUCCCAGUCAAGAUCCGAAUCGAUUGGGAGCGGUGAAAAAGUGAGCGUGAAAAGUUGUUUGGUCAACUGAGACUUUUUUAUUAUGUAGCAAUUGACACGAAAUUAAAGAAGAAUUUGGAUUAAA